CGCCGCCGCCUUUGCGUCGUGUCGUCGUCCUCCUGGCACACUUUCCUUGCCAGCCAUAUCCUAUCUCUGCAUUGUCUAUGUCCCCCGUGUCGCUCGUGUGGUUUGUCUUGCAUACUCACUCAUUCACUAUCACACAUCUGACCGUGUUUGGUUCAUCUCCUGCUCGCCCACUCAGCAGCUCUUGCUCGCCCACGCAUCAGAUCUUGCUGACUCGCGUCCUUGCCUCGCCCGCGCUUGCCGCCCUCUUGCUGGUUCAAACGUUCACUUGCCAUUGCUUAUUCAUAUGCUAGCUCGCUCGCCAGCGCCCGCCGUUCGCUCAUUUGCCAUCUGACUCGCCACCUCAAUGUCCCCCUCGUCUGCCACCUUGCUUGUCCGCCCUCGCGUUUGCCAUGCCCCGCUGAACCGUGUCCUAUCUGCUGUUGACCGUGCCGGCCAUUUCGUUCGCCCGUUAUCUUGUCAUCCCUCCUGCCCGCCGUCUCGCACCCGCCGACUUGCCCUCUCGUGCCUGCGCAUUUGCUUUCUCGUGCCCGCCCGGCGCCCACUGGCACUGUCUUUUCGCGCCCGCCCACUGUCUGUUCGUGUUCGCCCACUGUCUUUUCGCG